CCUACUCGCGCUGCCCGCCAUGUUUUCAGAUGAUAUAUGCCGAUUUGAGGAACGCCAAACGGAAACAUGCGGGUUUAGGUGAUGGGCCGUUUAAGUAGCAUGACUUCAGUCCAACGCACGACUGGAUUUACCACCAUAUUGACUGGCGGCGAGGACUUUGCAAAAACGUUGCUCCGAGUUCAUCGGCGGAAAAGAACCGAGGAGUAACUUUCAAGUUCGGAGCGUUUGAAAUGCAAACAGCUGACCCAACAACUGCCUAAAUGAAGUGAUUUGAGUGUUCCAUCAGCCAUUACAUGAUCCUUGGUGCAACUGUUUACACCUGUAGCCAAGAACCAACACUGGAGCCCAUCAGCUAUUAUUGAAGAUCACAGUUGGCCUUCAUUCCACUUGGGAUCUGCUGGUUUCUGUACAAUCACAACAGAAAAUCCCAGCAAUAACAGACUUACCGGUUCACAAAAGACUAUCAGUGUUUUCUUCGGCCCAAAUCUUUGAGAACCGAUACACUACAGAGCGGUUGGCUUACAACAAGGAUCAGAGCCAGAAUUGAAAUAACUUCAGUUUCAACUUGGCAGUUAUCUUAAAAUGUCUCCCUGAGGAAAACGUCUCUAGAUGUAUGGUGGACAAGAAGGGACAAACUAAGUUUUAAGUCCUCAGUGUGUUUUGCAGCACCCCAGGAGGAUCUGGUUGGAUGCUCAACAACGGAUUCCUUUACCAAUCUAGAAACCUACUGAGUUGAAAAGCAACUCAGGAACAUAUUGAAGAGUUCUGAUCCCAAAAGUCUUGCAUAUCUUUUCCUAUUUUUCACAGAUGAAAUACCCUCAAACCAUCUGCAAAGAAAAGUUCUGUUUCUCAGUAGUUUCCUCAGAAGAUGUUCUUGCCUUCCUCUCUUAGUUGUCAACCAUCUCCUGUCUUAGCAGACAGAGGAGCCAAGCCGCUUACAAAUGACCAAAUAUGUGACUUGAUCGCUGCCAAGAUUGCAGAAUUUAGGUUAUCAAGAGAAUAUGCUCUGUUCAACAACAGACCCUCGGCUCAAACAAACCCUCUGCUCCAACCUGGACCCAGUACAUCACCGUCAGCUCUUGUCAGGGUCCCUCAGACCCCCGACAAAGACGAUGAGCACAGCCACAGUUGUAACCUGACUUCUCAUCGGUGCGAUGUCACAGAUGGACGAUCCCCUGAUAAGGAGAGUUUGAUGCCUGAGGUGACUCUGAAACCUAAUAAGAAAGAUGUUUCUGGAAUCCUGUCAGAAGUCGCUGCCACCUGUGAGAAGGAUGAACAGAGCCCUGUGGUUCUGACUAGCAGUUGUGAGAAACUGAUGAAGUCCUGUCUCACUCUCAGUGCUGGUUCUUUACAAAAAGACAAGACUUUAGACGAUAAAAAUGGAGGGAGUCAGGUUGGUUCUGGGCUGGAAUGCUUCCAGCAGAAGAAAGGUGACGCAGUUGAGGAGGAGGGGAGAGUGGUCGGAGUGGCAGUCACAUCAACGUCCAACACAGCCAAAGAUGACCCCCGCAAGGUUCAGCAAAAUCCACUCCUCACUUUCAAUCAGCAGCUUGUACAUUCCAUGUCAGCAUCAUCGGUUGAUAAAACCGAUAAAGCGGGCUCACCGUGUUCACACCUACAGAACCCAACCAAAGAGGUCGAACAGAACUGUGGACAACAAAAACUGUGGACACAAAGUAACACCGGUGGAGCAGGCUGUGUUUCAUUUGUAAUGGACCCCCUGUAUGAUAAUAUUUCUGAUGACGAGCCACCCGGGCUGACUAAAACAUCGCUACAGUCAGAGCAAUAUGAAGAUGAGAACGUGAUUGGUGGAAAAUGGGCUGGGCUGAUUGGAUCUAUCCUACCCGUAUUAUCUGAGGCCAGCAGGGAACCGUUAGAAAACACGCAAGGUGAGACCGUUUUUGACGAGGAUCCAGAGGACGAUUCAUCAAAGGCAGACACAUUUAAUGAACCAGAGAUCCACUCUUGUCAAUGUUCUGUUGAGCCUGCAGCUGAUUCAGAGCAUCACGUGUGUCUUAGAUGUAGUGAGAGAGGGCCUACAAACCUGUUAUAUGGUCCCUGCUCUGUUUUGAAUAAAGAAGCUGAUGAUGGUUCUGAUGAGGGGGAGGACAGUGAGGAUGACUGGGAAGUGAUACCUGUUAGCAUUUUAGACCUUAAAUUUGAACCGUUAGAAAAGCAGCCUGCCUCAGGAAAGGCGGUGCAAGAUGACGAUGAGCACGGAUCCAAAAUACCCCUGCGUGGCUUAAGUGCACAACAAAGAUUUGCUCUAAAGCCAUUACCAGCGUCUGCAUUUGCCAAGAUUGCAGUUUUUGACACGCCUGAUGAUCAAGAACAAGCCAGCAGAUCUGGACAGCUGUCCUAUGUCACGCCUUCCUGUUACAGUCCCAAGCAAAAGUCGCAAAUGGACAGGAAAGAGUUGUGUUCUGAGCCUGAAGAUAGCUGCGACACUGAUGACAGCUUUACUUACUCAUCUGGUCCAAAAUGCAACUAUAUGACUGUCCCUAAAGAGCUGCUUGAGAGUCUAUCGUCACCUGGCAGAAGAAAGACUUAUCGCUGCGUGCCAAAAACGGACCAGGAUGUUCAGAAACAUCGUGAUCUGACAAUGGUUCAAAACCGAGUAGGUGAUGGCAUAAUUAACCUCCUGGAUUCUGACGAGGAAGCUGAAGCGAAAACGGAGGAACGGUUGUCUGAGACUUGGGAGAACUGGGGCGUCCCUAGCUGUACGCAGCGAAUGGGUUCUCCAGGAAGUAGAGACAGCGAGUCAGAAGACUGUGUGCUGGUCGAAGAUGAAAUCAAACAAAACGAUGAAAGUGUUGUGAUUAUUUUGUCUGACUCGGAGGAUGAAAGCAGAGAAAACUACAAUUGGGCAAAGACAAGUUUUACUGCAGAGCCACAAGACUGUGGCAGAGCAGCUUCUUCUACACAAGCAAGGAACGCAGCGGCUGCUGAAGAACCGCCCGCUGUACUAAGACGGGCUUCAGCAGACUCAUCUGAACAACGGCACAGAUCCCAACAUGAGCUUGGGUAUCAGAGCAGCGGGCCAAGAGUGAGUUCCCAAGAGUCUGCAGGUAGAAUGGAAGAGCUCUCAAAGCAGAGAGAGGUUGGCUCACCAGAAGCGGAGAGCAAUGAUGAUUUCCCAAAUGAUGGAAAGGAUUCUGUUCCUAAAAGAAAAAAACUCAAAAUGACCUCAUGUGACGGGAGGCUCUCAGCAGAGGCUGACUCCACAGUGAGCCCUACGGUAAUUCCUCGCUUGCUUGUUAGGGAGUUCAAAUCAGGUGAGCUGGUUAAAGACGUGGGUGAAUGUAGAGAACCCAAGCAGGCAAAGUCCUCCUCUGCAGCCUCGACAAGUAUCCUGCUAAAAGAGAGGCUGCGCUUUCUUAUGAAUACCGGUUUAAGAAAACCCGCCUCCCCGCCCAGUCCUGCAAACGACGCCCACAGAAACGCAUGCAGACGUGUCAUGCAUGCAGCAGCGUCCAAGCAUCAGAGGUCUCACUCCUCUGACAGCCCUGCACCGUCGGACCAUGCCUUCGUUCCAGCAAGGUUCCCAUCAGGCCUAGCUCCUGUGCAGCCCACGCAGGGCACCCACCAUGCAAGGACCAAAGUGCACACUGACUGGCAAAGACAGCACGUCCCUCUGCGCAGGGAGAAAAAAUACAAGAGGAAAAGGGGCUUCAGACGUCCUCUCUAGAUGGUCCGCUGGUGUCUGAGAGACGUCUGUAACGGCUGGUGUGCCAACAUGGUGCGUGGCUGACAGUGAGCGAGCCCCACCUUGUUACCUCAUUUACUCUGCCAUCCUGAGAAGGAAGCUAGAUCCCAACUGCUUGCAUUUAGUCCUUUAUUCCAUUUAGCAGUGAAAUAUAUUCUGGUUACACCGGUUAUUGAUUUGUAAAUAUGUUCCACGUGUUCUUGUGCUACAUUGUUACUCCCAGUGUUCUCAUUAUAUUGGAGAAAAAAAUGUAAAAUAUUUAGCAUAAAGUUUUGAGACACAUCACCAUAUAAGAGUUGUAUAUAUGUUUUAUUAUCAGCCUCAUCUAUAUACAGAGCACUUUUAUUCAAAAACUUGGAACUUUACCUACUUUUGUUUUUUUUUUUUCUUCUUCUAAGUGAAGUUUUGGUUUCAUGUUGUAACUUCUUUAUAUUCAUAGCUGAAACGCUGUAUUGUUUGUAUUCAAACACAGUGUAAGCUGCCAGUAAAAGGUUUUCUUGCUCAAUG